GGCCCAGGUGCCCCCCUACGUGUUCUUCUUCAUGUGCUGCGCCUCCUACCGCGUCCACUCCAUCUUCCUGCUGCGGCUCUUCAAUGACCCGGUCGCCAUGGCCAUCCUCUUCGUCGCCGUCAACCUCUUCCUGGACGAGCGCUGGUCCUGGGGCUGCUUCUUCUUCAGCCUGGCUGUGUCAGUGAAGAUGAACGUGCUGCUCUUUGCUCCGGGUCUCCUCUUCCUGCUCCUGCGGCGCUUCGGCCUCGUGGGCACCAUCCCCAAGCUGGCCAUCUGCGCGGCGCUCCAGGUGGUGCUGGGGCUGCCCUUCCUGCUGGAGAACCCAGGCGGGUACCUGAGCCGCUCCUUUGACCUGGGCCGCCAGUUCCUCUUCAAGUGGACGGUGAACUGGCGCUUCCUGCCCGAGGAGGUUUUCCAGCACCGCGCCUUUCAUGCAGCGCUGCUCGUGGCCCACCUGGCCGCCCUGGCCCUGCUGGCACUGCGCCGGUGGCACAGGUCAGAGGAGAGUAUCCUGUCCCUACUGAGGGAUCCUGCAGACAGGAAAACAUCGCUGCAGCCACUGACACCCAAUGAGAUUGUCUUUGUGCUGUUCAGCUCCAACUUCGUGGGUGUGUGCUGCAGCCGGUCCUUGCACUAUCAGUUCUACGUUUGGUACUUCCACACCCUGCCAUAUCUGCUGUGGGGUUCCCCUGCCAAGAAGCUGGGGCACCUGCUCCGGGUUCUGGUCCUAGGCCUGAUUGAGCUCUCCUGGAACACGUACCCAUCUACGGUGUACAGCUCGGCCUCCCUGCACGCCUGCCACGGAGUCGUCCUGCUGCAGCUCUGGUACAGCCCGGCCUCCUCGCCUGAACCUUGCAGCCCCCCCAGGAGAGUCACGGCCCCCCCGAAAAAGACACAGUGAGAUGGGGGCACUGGACAAUGGGAACUGCUGGCUACUCUGCUUUGCUCUGCUCUGCCCUGCCCCGCACCUCCAGGAGCGGUGCCCCGGCUUGGACAACUACCUGCUGGCUUGGCCGGCCCCACCGGAACCAGGACUGCUCCCACAGCUUCUCUAGGGGAUGGGGUCUCGCCAGGGUACCAGCUCUUACCUGGGAUUCCCCCAAUAAAGGUGGCAGAGCCCUGCUGCAGGCUUUCUAGCCCCUCCCUGGCACAGGACCUGCAAGGGAGGAGCUCGCCUGCACUCUAGGGUGAGAGCCGCUGUGGUUCGGA